UGUAAUUGGGAUGUUCAUAUUGACAGCUUCCUCUCUGGAGCUGUUAGCCGUCCGUAUAUUCUUAGAGUAUGCAAGUAUUAUGGGUACACUAAAGACCAGCUCGGUGCACUCUUCCAGUCCUUGAUAAUUGGAUUUUUUCAGAAUGGAUCAGAAGUGUGGGCCUCUGCCUGUCAAUCAGAUCUAAAAUUUUGCUUUGGGACCUUCAUAAGACGUGCCUAUCGUUUUAGCUGUACAAAUAGGAUCUUUUUUAUGUCUGAUGUGAUGUGAUAAAGAAUAGGGACAGUGAUCUGUUCAACAGAAUCGCUAGUUACAAAGGUCAUGUAUUGUAUGACUUGUUUCGACCUAAACGCAAUAGGGCCCUCAGAGAUAGGGGACACGACUUCAUACUUCCUAGAGUGAAAACCGAACUGUUUAAGCGGGCUUUUGUAAAUAGAUGUCUUUUUAGAAAUAUA